AUGAAACUUCAAUAUCAUUCUCGAACCUUGUGUCUAAUUUCUCUCCUCCUAUGUACCGUCGAUGCAGCACCAGCUCGGAGGAGCACUAAUCCCCCGCUAAGAGGCUCUGAAGCACUUGUCGGAUACUCUUCCACUGAAAAGAUUGUGAGCGGCACUCAGCCAGACCUCAAGUACAGUCUUCUUCCGGGUCAAACGGACAGUCCGGAUAUCGGUGCAUACCUAGAUUUUGAGAACGUUGAGAACCCCCAACCCAUUCGGGGCUCCACUGGAAGUGAUGACCCUGGUCCUCGCAAUUAUGCAUAUGAUCGAAUCAACAGUGACAAACUAGCCCCUCCUGGUACGGAUAAUGGCCAGACUAUCAACGCUCAAUGGCCUAUGGGUCUCAGUCAUAACCGACUUGGUAUCGAUAACGCCGGAUGGGCUCGUCAGGAAAACACAGUAGUCAUGCCAGCUGCGACCGAAAUGGCUGGAGUUGACAUGCGCCUGGAACCUGGCGGUUACCGUGAGCUGCACUGGCACGUUGCGGCGGAGUGGUCUUUGGUGUUGAAUGGGUCCUGUCGUAUCCAAGCCGUCAACUCUGACGGACAAACAUUUGUCGAUGACCUUACUGCUGGUGAUGUUUGGUUUUUCCCACCGGGAAUUCCUCACUCUAUUCAAGCAUUAGAUGACGGUGUGGAAUUUCUUCUUGUCUUUGAUCAGGGUGACUUUGAUGAAGACAACACAUUUCUCGCCACAGAAGUUUUCCUUCAUACUCCUAGAUCCGUCCUGGCGAAGAACCUCGGUGUUCCCAUCUCAGCCUUUGACGACAUUCCAGAUAGUGAACUUUACAUCUUUCAAGGUACUCCAGCACCCCAAGAUAUUGAGGAGCAGAAUGUCACGACUCAAUCAGGUAUUGUGCCACGAACGGAAAGUUAUUCCUACCAUUUCUCUGAGCAGCCCGCACACGAAGUAGCCGGUGGAUCUGUCAAAAUAAUUGAUCCCCUCACAUUUCCUAUCGCAGAUAAUUUCUCUGCUGCUAUUGUUACUGUGAACCCUGGUGGCAUGCGUGAAAUCCAUUGGCAUCCGACUAGUGAUGAGUGGACAUUUUUUAUUCAAGGGCAAGGGCGCGCAACAUUGUUUUCUGCGCCUGAUUCUGCAACGACGUUUGACUAUCGAGCUGGUGACGUUGGGUACUUCCCUCAGUCAAACAGCCAUUACAUCGAGAAUACUGGCGAUGAGGUUUUAAUGUUCCUGGAGGUGCUUCAAGCGCCCCAAUUUACUGAUAUGGCGCUUGGCCAAUGGAUCGCAUCCACUCCGAGACAAAUCGUGACAGAUACCUUGAAGUUAAGUAACAGCACACUCAGCAAGCUCAAAACGGCAAAGCAGUAUGUUGUCGCUGGUUCUAUUAGUGACUAG